GCGCCGGCGUCAAAUACAUACAAACAACAACAACAACAACAACUCACCACCCCCUUAUUAUUUCUAUUUCCUUAAUCCUCAUUAUUGCUUUUGCGUCAAUUUUCCCCAAAAUUUUCGCCUUAAAAUUCUUCAUCAUCCGAUCCCUAUAAACCCCAUAAUCCUCAUCUCAAACUCCAAUCUCCUGCUCGCUCGUUAGGGUUUUACAUCUCAAUCACAAUUACUGAUUGAUUUCAAGGUUCAAUUCGUAAAGAAAAAAUCGAAUUUUAGGGUUUAUAUAUAAUUAGAUAAGAUGAGCUUUCAGGAUCUGGAAGCGGGUCGUCCGUUGAAUACAAGGCGGGUCGGAUACACCAAUGGAUUCAAGCAACAAGAUCCGACCCAAGCUAUUGCGUCCGGGAUAUUUCAGAUCAAUACGGCUGUUAACUCGUUUCAACGGCUGGUUAAAACUCUUGGAACACCUAAAGAUACCCAUGAACUAAGGGAAAAACUGCAUAAGUCAAGACUACAUAUUGGCCAACUGGUUAAAGAUACUUCGGAAAAACUCAAGCAAGCGAGCGAAACAGAUCAUCAUGCGGAAGUUAGCGUGAGCAAAAAGAUUACGGAUGCUAAACUUGCGAAAGAUUUUCAAGCGGCUUUGAAAGAGUUUCAGAAGGCCCAGCGCCUUGCAGCUGAAAGGGAGACGGCUUACACUCCUUCUGUUCCUCAAGCUGUUCUUCCCUCAAGUUAUGCAGCCAGUGAAAUGGAUAUAGGCUCGGACAGAAGUCAAGAACAGCGUGUUCUUCUUAUGGAAUCUAGAAGGCAGGAGGUUUUGCUGUUGGACAAUGAGAUCGCGUUUAACGAGGCUAUUAUUGAAGAAAGAGAUCAAGGGAUUCAAGAAAUCCAGAACCAAAUAGGCGAGGUAAACGAGAUUUUUAAGGAUCUUGCUGUUUUGGUUCAUGAGCAAGGAGCUAUGAUCGAUGAUAUUGGCUCCAACGUUGAGAAUUCUCACGCUGCGACUGCACAGGCGAGAUCUCAUCUCGCGCAAGCAUCAAAAACUCAAAGAGCAAACUCUUCCAUGACUUGCUUGCUUUUGGUGAUAGUCGCGAUUGUGCUUUGCAUCGUGGUCAUAAUCGUUGCAGUUUGACUUCAUACCAAUGUAUCUACGGGUCAGAAGCAAUUUAAUAUGCUGCUCCUUUUGAGCAUCUUGGGUUCUACAAGGAUUGUUUUCUUCUUUCUUUCAUUGUGUGAAAAUAUACUUGAAAUUUAUAUUUGUUAAAAGGAUGCUUUCUGUGUGAUUAACAACUUCUCUUUCUUCCCU